AUGUUUAGUAGUCAUAAUAAUAACAAUAAUAAUAAUAAUAAUAAUAGUAAUAGUAACGAUGUGGAAAUGGUGGAUCUGAGGAAAGAUCCAAAUGAUGUGGUGGUUGGAGAUUCAGAUGGAACACCUCCAUCUCCAGGACAUUUAAGUUUUAGUAUAAAUAGUAAUAAUAAUAAUAAUAGUAGAAAUAAUAAUAAUAAUAGUAAUAAUAAUAAUAAUGUACAAUUAUCGAAUUCUUUAGGAUAUAAUAAUAAUAAUAAUAGUAAUAAUAGUAAUUUAGAAAGUUCACAAAUAAAACGACGUUCCUCACAACCACCACCUCCACCACCACAAUUACAAUCUAACAAUCAUAAUAGUGGCAAUCUGCCAUUAAGUCCGACUGCCGGUGCAACAAUAGUGCCGGCCUCUCCACAGCUGACGCCAAACCUCACCAGUAAGUUGUGUCAUCACAACGGGCUGUGUUGCGACGGUUAUAAUAUUAUCAAUGAUACAUGGCGGCGUGAAGCGUUGUAUAAGGCGCGUGACACUGGCGAGCGAGUCGCUGUUACCAGUCCUUUUUUCGAGGACGAUACAAUGUCGUCGUCAUCGACAUCUGCUUCGGAUUCAUCGUACGAUGCAACUCGAACACCUAUUCUCCUCUAUAUCUAUCAAGCUGUCUACAGAGUUGGAACUUUGUUCACAACGGUUGAGGAUCGUCGUCGAGCAUUGAUUGGCUAUGCUUCUUGUCGUUUCUUUAUUAGCAAACUCGUCUCUGCAUCACUAAAUCGUCUGACUGAAGAAGAUUCACUUAAUCUCUAUAUUUUCGAUCUCUCCGAUAAAAAAGUCGGUGGAAAACUCAUUUACUAUCGUCCUUCUUAUGCUCCUACCAAUUUGGAUACCAGUUACUCGACGAGCAUCGAUUCCGUACCAGAGUUGGAAUCUAAUGAAGCUACGCUCUAUUACAAUACAAUGAAUGUCGGUGGUCGUAAUUGGAUGAUUGCUUUCACGCCGUCACAGGAUUUCAUCAACAAACACUACUCUUUCUAUCCGUUUGCCAUUGGUGUAGUCUGUCUGAUUCUGGCGGGACUGGUUGCAUUCUGGUUUGCCGUGAACACCAAACACAACAUCAAACUAUCGCUUACGAAUGCCGAUCUUCACAAGGAGAUAUUCAACAGAAAGCUGGCGGAACGUGCACUCGCUGAGAGUCAAGAGCGUUUGGAGUUGGCGAUGGAGGGUAGUGAGGACGCUGUGUGGGAUUGGAAGAUGAAUUCCGGUGAACUCCACAUAUCAUCGCGAUGGUUCCAGAUAUUGAAAUCCAAGGAGAAUCACUACCAGUCGCGUUCACUCUGUGAGGAACUGCGUUCACAAGAUUCAACUACGCCCGGUGAAGUGUUUGGCGACGAACUGUUCAGUCCGAUUCUCCUGGAGGAAUCGAUAGCAUCGCCAAACACUCAUCAACUGGCCGUUUGGAAUAUGAAACAUUUGACACAGCUCAUUCACCCCGAGGACAAAGAGCGAUUCAUCGCGGAGAUUAAAAAGACAAUCAUCAGGGAGACCAGUAUCUUUGAGAUUGAAUGUCGUAUGCGAAAGAAAACCGGUGGAUAUCUCUAUAUUAUUAUGCGUGGUAAGGUUGUUAGUGAGUCGUUGACCAAGGAUUCGCAGCUGCGUAUGGCAGGAACACUACGUGAUGUGACAUCGCGUAAGGACAUGCAGCGUUUGAUUCUCGAGAAGGAAGCAGCGGAGGAAGCGAAUAAAGCUAAAUCUGCUUUUGUUGCGACGGUUUCUCAUGAGGUGCGUACACCGCUGUCCGGUGUCAUCGGUGUGUCCGACUUGCUGCUGGAGACAGUGUUGAACGAAGAACAAAGAGACUAUGUACAAACCAUUCAAAAGAGUUCACAAGCAUUGCUAACCAUUAUCAAUGAUAUUCUUGAUUACUCCAAGUUGGAAUCGAAACAGUUGAAGAUGGAGACAAUUCCAUUCUCUAUAAUCGAGACUGGACAAGCUGUUAUUUAUAUGUUGUCGGUGGCGACUAACGAUGAUGUCGACCUUUUGUUUAGAGUACCUCCGAAUGUGCCCGAUGUAGUUAUCGGUGAUGCAAUGAGAGUUCGUCAAGUUCUGCUCAAUCUCGUUUCGAAUGCUAUCAAAUUCACUUCGCACGGUCAUGUCCUAUGUGAUAUCAGUGUCGUGGAAUCGCUGAAUCCGCUGCACUCGUCGCGCUCCGACAACACCAUACAUCUUUGUAUCACUGUGGAGGACACCGGUAUCGGUAUACCGCAAUCGUUGUUCGAAGCAAUAUUCGAACCGUUUUCACAGGCUGACAAUUCCACCACAAGAAAAUACGGUGGAACCGGUCUGGGACUGUCGAUUACCAAGCGACUUAUCGAAGAGGUCAUGGGUGGAACCAUUCAUGUCAGUAGUACCGUCGGACUUGGAAGUACAUUCAAAUGUACAAUUCCAUUCAAAAAGUCGAAUACCUCACCGAGCCAACUCAGUCUUGUCUCACCAUCGUCACUGCCAAAGUCAUUCUUUAGUCGCUCGCCAACCGGUGGACAAGAAACCUUUGGCAUUGAGAUACUCAACAAGAAACUCUGCCUGAUUGCUUGCCGUGAUAAAGUGAGUGAACGUGUAUUGAGAGAACAACUCGAGUGGAUGGGAUUGGUUGUUAAAUCAUUCGAUGAACAUCUGAGUGCGCCCUCUGGCGACUGGGGUGCCAAUCACAUCGACUUGGUGCUCGUGGAUUUGGAAAUCUUCUCAGAGACCUACAUGAUCCCCAAUGCUCCCUAUGUCAUUCUCGCACCAACGAAAUUCAAUCUCUCCAAACAGAGCAGUUACUUUAAGAAUAACAAGCUGCGUCCAACGAUUCCGCCCGGCUCCGAAUGGAUGCGUCGUCCUGCCCUCGCCGACAAACUCAUUCCAAUGCUUCUCAAAGUUGUCAAACCUAUUCCUCCACUUCAAUUGAUUGCAGUUGAGCAUCAACAUCAACAACAGCAACAUCAACAUCAAUCUCAGACUCAACAUUACUCCACUCUUUCUGCACCGAGAAUUGAAGAAGUUCCAUCGGCACCAGUCACACCACUUCAGAUCUCCGAAAACAGCAGCAACAACAACAAUAACAAUGCGGUUACACCAAUAUCGUCACCACAAAUCAACAAUGUUGCAAGCGGUGUUGUAGCUGGUGAUUCCAGUCACAGUCCGAAUAGCACUACCACCAUGAGCACUCCUGCAUCCUCCAUUCCCAGCACUCCAACCAUCGAGAGUUUGAAACCAACUGCACCCGCAGCGCCACAAACACCUGCGAUAACCUCUGCUUCUGCAACGGCCACCACAGCACCAAGAAAAUUGGCGCUACUCGUAGAAGACAACGAGUUGAAUCGAAAGGUUAUCACUCAGUUGCUAAAGAGACUCGGUUGGCAGACUGUAGUUGCUGAGAACGGUAAGGAAGCACUCAAAGAGAUACUCUCGGAGCGAUGCUUCCAUAUCGUUCUGAUGGACUGUCAGAUGCCAGUGUUGGACGGAUUCCAAACCACUCGAAUCAUUCGUAGCAAAGAGAAAGAGAAUGCAUGGAAGCGUAUGAACAUCGUAGCACUCUCCGCUGGAUCAUCACAAACAUUCGUUCAAGAUUGUCUCGAUUCCGGAAUGGACGACUUUGUCAGUAUUAGAUACUUUGCUUCGAAAUCAUUACCAUCAAGUCCAUGUCCAGAUUUCCCAGGUGAAUAUCGUGAGCCAAUUGUAAAGACCACAAUUCCAGGUCCACAAUCAAAGGAUCUCUAUAAAAAGUUGAAUAACUUACAAGAUCCAAGAGCUACUCACUUCUUUGCUGAUUAUUCUAACUCACGUGGUAAUUAUAUUUCUGAUGUAGAUGGUAAUAUUCUUCUUGAUCUCUAUUGUCAGAUUGCAUCAAUUCCAAUCGGUUACAACAAUCCAGAGUUGAUCAAGGCAGCCAAGUCGGACAAGUGGAUCUCCACAAUUAUCAAUCGUCCAUCGCUCGGUGUGUUGCCACCAAAAGACUGGCCAGCACUCAUUGAAAACUCAUUCAUGCAAGUGGCACCCAAGGGAUUGAACAACAUCUUCACAGCGAUGUGCGGAUCAUGUGCCAACGAAUGCGCCUACAAAGCGGUUUUUAUGCACUACCAACACACUCAGCGUGGCGGUAAGCCAUUCUCCGAGGAGGAGAUCCACUCUUGCAUGAACAACAAGGCACCAGGUUCACCGGAGCUCGCUAUCCUCUCGUUCCGUGGUGGUUUCCAUGGACGUACCUUUGGAACACUCUCAACCACCCGUUCCAAGGCAAUCCACAAACUCGACAUUCCCGCCUUCGAUUGGCCAGCAGCGGAAUUCCCCAAACUCAAAUACCCACUCGAGCAAAACGCCGCUGCCAACCGUGCCGAGGAGGAUCGUUGUCUCGCCGACGUCGAGCGUCUCAUCAAGUCGUGGCACAUCCCAGUGGCCGGUCUCAUCGUUGAGCCAAUCCAAGCGGAGGGAGGUGACAACUGGGCAUCGCCAUACUUCUUCCAGGGUCUACGUGACCUCACCAAGAAACACGAUGUCUCAAUGAUCGUCGACGAAGUCCAAACCGGAAUGGGAGCGACCGGUAAAUUCUGGGCACACGAACACUGGAACUUGAGUUCGCCACCCGACAUCGUGACAUUCUCCAAGAAGAUGCAAGCCGCCGGAUUCUACCACAACAUCGAAUACCGUCCAUCGGAGAGCUACCGUAAUUUCAACACCUGGAUGGGUGACCCCGUUCGUGCACUCGAGCUCGAAGUCGUCGUCGAGCAGAUCAAGAAGAAUCACCUACUUGAGAAUGUAACCGUCACCGGUAACUACUUGAAGGCCGGUCUCCUUGAGUUCCAAUCAAAGAAUCCAUCGCUCAUCUCGAACGUGCGUGGUCUCGGUACAUUCAUUGCAUUCGAUCUUCCAACACCGGCACUUCGUGACCAAUUGGUAAGCAUCCUCAGAGCCAAAGGUGUUGAAACCGGUGGUUGCGGUGUCAACGCCAUCCGUAUGAGACCGAUGCUCAUCUGUAAGCCAGAGCACAUCAACCAAUUCUUUGAAAGAUUCGGACCAGCUCUCAAAGAAUUGAAACAUUAA